GUGGGGGUACAAAUGCUCAGCUCCUGCUUCCGCAAGCACUGAGUUGCUCUGAAGUGAGCCAGGCAGCUCUGGCCAUCUUUUCCCCAGCCAUAGAAUCAGUUGAUGAUCCAGAAUUAAGCUAUCACCUUUGUCACUCACAAUGGAAGACGAAAUGAAGAAGAAUGCCAUCCGGAUGCCGAAAGGCAAGCAGAAGCCUAUAAAGACGGAAUGGAAUUCCCGGUGUGUCCUUUUCACCUACUUCCAAGGGGACAUCAGCAGUGUAGUGGAUGAGCACUUCUCCAGAGCUCUGAGCAAUAUCAAGAGCCCCCAGGAAUUGACUCCCUCGAGUCAGAGUGAAGGUGUGAUGCUGAAGAACGAUGAUAGCAUGUCUCCAAAUCAGUGGCGUUACUCUUCUCCAUGGACAAAGCCACAGCCGGAAGUACCUGUCACAAACCGUGCCAACUGCAGCUUACAUGUGCCUGGUCCCGUGGCUGUGAAUCAGUUCUCACCGUCCCUGGCUAGGAGGGCCUCCGUUCGGCCUGGAGAGCUGUGGCAUUUCUCCUCUAUGGCUGGCACCAGUUCCUUAGAGCCUGGCUACCCUCAUGGCUUCCCGGCUCGGCACCUGGUUCCAGAGCCCCAGCCUGAUGGGAAACGUGAGCCUUUCCUAAGUCUCUUCCAGCAAGACAGAUGCUUAGCCCGUCCUCAGGAAUCUGCCGCCAGGGAGAAUGGAAGCACAGGGUUGCUCUUCAACAUGCCUCCUGGCUCAGUUCACUAUAAGAAGCUAUAUGUAUCUCGUGGAGCUGCCAGUACCAGCCAUCCAAACGAAAGUCUUUCAGAGUUAGUGACUCCUGGGAAAUACUCACUUGCACCACCAAACCACUGGGGCCACCCACAUCGGUACCUGCAGCAUCUUUAGUCAAGUUGGAGGAGAAAGACCACACUUGGUCUAAGACACGGCAGCAGGACAUCCCUGCAGAUUGUUCCAGAUAAAAAUAAAAGCUUCUCAAACCCACUUGCCUCCCCAAUCUGUUAAGCAGCUUCGUGCUAGUAUGAGCUCAGUACUUGCCCUUUGAAAAUCCCAGAAGCCCUUGCUGUUUCCCAUCCACACCCUGCUUGCUCCUGUGUAACAGCUCAGAUGAUGAAUAAUAAUAAAACUAUACUUUUUAGGAUGGUGCUA